AUGAAUACUUCCUUUGGAGGGAUUAAUGCAGCAACAUCGGUUGAACCCAAAGAAAAAGAAAAAUUACUGCUUAAAGUACAGUCUGCAGAAGAGCACAGGAUCUUUGGGCACUGCAUGUCCUUGAAAUGUAACUUGGGAGCAUCUAAUAUUACUGUGAGUGCGUUUAUGAUUUUAAUCGAGAGGACCAUCAAUCUAUCACUAUUCUCCUAUAUACCGAUUGUUCAAGAAAAUGUGGAUGAAUCAUAA